AUGGCCAUCUUCACGGGAGGAAAAAGCAGGGCAAUCAGCUCACCGCGCCAUCUGACUCUUCGUCAUUCUCGCCGCAAAGCUCUUCACAACAAGAUUACGCGCGGUAUCCUUCCUCCCGAAGACGAUGAUCAACCCAUCCUGAAGCCUGGAGAAGAGAAACUCAACUCUUUCUGGGCUCCCGGACUCGAGGCCGGCCCUGUGCACACAAUCGUUGCCACUCAGACAGUCAAAGCACCAGGAAGCGCCGACGAUCUUGUGCUCGUUUCAGAGCAAGACUUCUAUGUCGACGCGCCUCAGUUCUCCCUCCCUGAAGGAUCCGUGUAUUCGUGCUAUCCGCCGUCCGGAUACCCCGAGGAUCACCGCAUUCUUCCCCAUGUUGUGCUCAGCGAUCCUCACCUGCCUUGGGAGAGACGGGGCAGCCCCAAGGAUGACGCCUUGGGAGACAAGCGCAACAAGGUGCCAUGGCUUGCUCUAUUCACCUUUACCCAAGAUGAACUCAGGCUGGCCCCCGACGCCUUGGGCGGCUUUCAGUUCAAGCAGACUCCAACUUUGGCCGUCAACAUGACUGUGGAACAGCUCUGGGAUAUCACCACCGCCAACUCGCCCGUUCAAAAAACGCCAGAAUGGAACCCAGACGUCAUAAAAAGCGCCAAAGGGGACUUCAUUUUUAUGAAACCAGACCUGUUCAAGAGUCUGUUCUCCACGUUUGGGGACGACAACAAGCGUGAAGUUCCGGCCACACCAGCCACAACCAAGUACAAAUACCUUGCCCAUGUGCGGAACAUCAACACCACAGGAAUGGCGGUGGCCGGCGUCGAAGAUGUUGGCAUUUUCUCCGUUGUGGUGGGAAGCCGCAGCGGACCGUUGGUGAACGAGGCGCCCGUGUCGGUUUCAGUCCAUCUCGUCUCCAUUGAAGGGGUGGAGGAUAUGAAGGCUUUUCCGGACAACAAGCCCCUGAUGGCCCUGUGCUCAUUGCACAGCUGGAACUACACGGUCAACCCGCCUGGGAUGUUAAAUGUUCAUGACGCGUUUGUCCACCUAGGAACGGCGCCGCUCGGUCUGAAUCUGCUCCGCGCACCGGAUGCCACAAUUGAGGCCGUCAGCAAGAUGUCCGACAAGGUGUCCCCGAGGCUAGCCGAGCGCCUCAAAGACGGCUAUAGCCUGGUCAAAUAUCGCGUCCAGACCGGGGAGGAAACCGUGGCCCUCUACCGGAGUCCAUUCACACCAACGGUCGUCGCGCCCCUCCCUCACCGCAACCGCUGCUCCAACUCGGGUCAAGAUCUCCAAAUUCUCGACCGCGAAGUGGGCAUCAUGGACGUUACGUACUCGGUUGCGUGGCAGGUUGGCCGCCUCCUCGCGUUGGGAGACCAAGGCUUCACUGCUGCCCUGGCUCGUUUUCGGACCGCUAUUCAUACUCUGGCUAUGAAGGAGUCCAAGAUACAUGUGGUCCGCGCCGUGGGUGGAGAUUCAAGCCUUCGUCGCCGCGUUGACGUCCUCGAGAAUCUCAAGCAGACUGUGAGCCAUCUAAGAAACAUCCACCUCGGUGAAGAACACGAUGGUGACGGCGUCGGUGGCCCAGGCGGGGACAGCGGCUUCGUGCCCGGCCCGCCCAAGCAAAGGUGGCGCCGCAACCGCCUGACCAAGAAGCAAUACCCUCAGCUGGGAUUCAAUGGAAUUCAAGUCAAAGACCAAUACCUCGAGAAGGCCAAGGAGGCCGCAUACAAGCUUUCCAUGGGCAAAGACGGCAAGAUCUAUGACGAGACCAACGACCCGGUAUCAACAGAUUGGAUGCAGCUCUUAGCCUGGGUCAUGGACCGCAUGUUCCUAUCCGGCGUCCCCGCCCACUACCUCAUCAGCGACCCCAGCCAUCUGCCGCAUGAAGGUCUGCGUUUCUUCUACAUUGACCCCAACUGGGUGGACGCCAUGAUCGACGGAGCCUUGAGUCUGGCCAACCACAAUGGCGAAGACCGGGACCGCGUGGCUAUCAAGCUCGCCAUCAACCGGUACAUCCAUCACAUUCCCGAACACCAGACACAUCCGCCGCAGAUCCCCACCUACGGCUUUUACAUGAGAUCCGAUCUCGUCACCAUGUAUCCGGAUCUGAAAGUGACCACCAAUCCGCCACCUCCCGAUGGCACGAUCCCUGACAAGGCACCGCUGCUGAGACACGAGAUCGUGUCGGACGGCGUCAUGCUCGGCCUGUUGGACCGGCUCCCUGGAGCUACAGACUUUGACGGUCUGGUCUUCACGCAGCCGCCACACCAGCAGCGCUUUGCCGCCGGGUACAGACUGAGCAAGGAAGAUAUCGGCAUUGAGAUUUGGCGGCAAUACACGGUCGACAUGAAGACCCAGGAAUCAGACCCGCUCCUCCACAAACACCUGAUUCCGGCAUUCCAGAUGAAGCAAGAAGAUCAGAAGAACUGGUUCACCUGGAACAGUGACCCCUCGGUACCUAACAAUAAUCUGCGCGUGGUUCGGCUUCCCUUCUACGCCGAGGAGCAGGCCCGCCUUCUCCAAGAGAAAAUGGAGAGAAAGUAUUUUGACGACGGCGUUCCCAAUUCAGCGCUCCUAGCUAUGCAGCUUAACGACCCCUUCUAUCGACUCAUAAUCACCGCCAAAGAUACCGCUAUGAGCUCCAUGCUCGAGAAGCUGGUCGACACCAACAACAAGCCACGGGCUCUGCAGCUCAUCGAACCCUCUCACAUCCGCCGGUUGAUCGAGGGCGGAGACAAGGACGAUGAUCACGAGGGCGAGGUUCCUGAAUCAACCUCCGUGGUUAUAGAGCCAAUUUCAGCAACCUCCCUCUACACGCGCCACGAAAGCUACCAACCCCCGCCGCACGUCUUCAAGGCCAACCUCGCGCCGCACAUCAACUCCAACCUCCCCCUCUACGACCCGACUCAUUUCGCCCGGCACGCCCUCGUGGGCAUCAAACCCCCCGGCGCCCUGGCCAGUACCGACACCCUAAUUUACACCCCGCAACCCGAGGACCCAGCCGGCCCACCAAUCUACGACUGCGCCGUCUACUCGACCGGCUCCUCCUACGUCAAGACCUGCUCCCCCGCCAACGCCCUCCCUCAGGAUCUAGUCUUCUCCAUCCAGGUCAGCAACACGCGCACUGACUACCGGCUAACCGAACUCCAAAUCAUCAUCCCGCUGGGCGAGGCCGACGACGCAGACAGCCACACGCUCUUCCCAGCCUACGACGGGCCCGGCCCGCGCAUGCUGAGCAACCUGCGGUUCGUGGUGCUGCCGGCGCAGGGGACGUUUGACGGGCAGCGGUGUCUGGUGCUGCGGAUCCUGCCGCGCAGCGCCAACGGGUGGACGGCAAUCCGGCUGGUGAAGGAGCUUAGCUUCUUGCUGUGUCUGGCUCAGGUGAAUAACACGUUCCAGGGGCAGGGCAGGACGUUCGUGACGCUGUAUACGGCCGCGUAUUACAAGUAUGUGUUUGAGACGCAGCCGAGGCAGGGGCAGUUUACGGUGACGUUGCGGAAUACGGGGGAGUGA